UUGCCUGGGCUUUCAUUGCACGAAGAACCGCCAACUUCGAUUUACGACAGUUUGACAAUCGUUGACGGUGUAGUAGUGGUGAGGAAGAAUCUUCGCGAACACAGGCUAUAGUUGUGUUGGUGCUGCGAAAUCCAAUAUGGCUUCCCUGAAAACACAGAAGUAAAUACAUCUUUUACGACGUCGACGGAAAAGCAAGUUGAAAAACGCGUGUGCACUGUUCCUAGAAAUAAAUCUGAAGCUCUCGAGUGGAAAUAAACGUACGUUCAUAAAAGAAGAGCACAUAACAAAAUGUCUCUCUUCGGUAUGAUGGGCGAUUUGGAGGAGGAUCCUAUUUUUGGCCAUCAUAUGCGCUCGAUGCGCCAGAUGAGCAGCAUGCUGAACUCACUGUUUUCCGACCCUUUCGGUGGCAUGAUGGGCGGAGGUGGAAUGGAAGCGAUUACAGGUGGUCCCGCGUUCGGGAUGCGCCACAACGCAAUGAUGCCCUUCAUGCCACCGACGAUGAACAGGCUGUUGAGUGUAGGCGGGCCAGCCGAUGGUGCUUCAUUCAGCAGCAGCAGCGUAAUCUCGAUGACAUCCGGACCGAACGGGCCGCAAGUGUACCAAGCCACCUCCAGCACACGCACCGGACCGGGCGGCAUUAAGGAGACGCGCAAAACGGUACAGGAUAGCCGCACCGGCACGAAGAAGAUGGCAAUCGGGCAUCACAUCGGUGAUCGGGCGCACAUCAUCGAGCGGGAACAGAACGUUUCCACUGGCGUGCAGGAAGAGCGCCAGGACUUUAUCAAUCUGGAUGACGAAGAGGCCGAGGAUUUCGAUCGCGAGUUCCAGACGAAGGCACGCAGCGUCAUGGGCGGCAUGCACGGUGGUGGACGUGGACGUUCGGCACAGUUGGCUCUACCGUCGACCCAACCAGCUCAAUCACAGCGCAUACUGUCGAUUACCGAAGUGCCGGACAAUGGGUGUGAAUCGUGCGGCAAUCCCAGCGAUACACCGCUCUGUGCCGCCUGCACCAAUAAUCGGGAUCACAGCAACCAGGACAAUCACGAACGGCAACAGCCGCACCACCAGCAGGCGCAUCGCCGUCGUCACCAACAGCAACAGGAAACGGCAGCCACAAAGCCGGCACGCAACAAUAGACACGGCCAGUCUUCUUUGGCUAACGGUGGCCCAAUCUCGUCCCGGCGAGCGAUCCGAUCGCCGGCCUCAUCACCGCUGAGCGUGUCCGCUUCGUCGGUCAGUGGCACCAAUCAUCACAUUUCUACAAGCGUACAUCCACAUCCGUACAAUACGUCCGGCAGAAAAUCACGACCGCUGAAGGGACCUUCUUCCUCAACUCACAACCAGCACUACCAGUAAUGGCGUAAUUCUAUACCGUGGUUCGUUCACUAUAUUCAGCACAGCACACAGAGAGAGAGAGACGGAGAGAGGGAAGGUUUCGAGCAGGUUGGCCAUUUGGCUUUCAUGUACGGUCAACCUUUACGAAGGUGCGCGUAUGUAAGGUAGUAGUGUUGCCGUACGAGGGUGUCUGAACGUGCUUUACCUUUGUUUUUGUGUUGUUUAAAAGACUCUUGAAACCUAAAUUAACAGCAUUAUGCAAAAAAAAAAGGAAACCCAUUUCAAGAGCACAAUAUUUGACAUGAGAUAUGAAAUAAGGGUAGUUUGAAUUUUGGACAGGGAAACAGGAUUGGAUGAAGCACACGACAGCAAGCGUUGAAAUCGUAAAUGAAUGUAUCCCCCUUUGGUAGAGUACCGCUAGGUUUUUUUUAUUAUCUUUAAAAUCAAUCUUUAAGUGAAAAUAUUAGCAAUGCCUUAAUUAUUCAACAUGAAGGUUGCUAAAAACUGGGUAUAAAACUAUGAGUUGUGUUGAUUUGCUAGAACGCUAGCAAACGCACCAGUGCGUGUAUUGCCAGAUGUGCAAAUGCAAACAGGCGAACCACGGCAACAUCAACCGAGGAGUCACGGGUACUAAGAAAGUGCUGGCGAUAUUCAUGUAAGGGAAGAGUGAGUUGGAUUAUCUACCCCGGUGCGUUAACGACGAUCCAAGUUUUGUUUUGUUCUGUUAGGAAAUAGUUUUGUUUUCUUUUUGUGUUGUCCACUUAUUCCGCCUUAAUAAUAAACCAAAUUUCAAUCUUGUUUAAGUCAAUCAAA